AUGUCACAAAGAGAGCAAGAUGGAACCCUGCGUCUCAUCCACAUUCCCCUCCCCCUCUACUCAACCUUCCUCCAACCCAUCCUGCAGAUCCUUCUUCCACCAAGCCAACCAUUACCAUCAGCAACACCCUCACCACCCGUCGGUAACUUCCACCACCAAGAUGAAACAACCUUUCUAAACAUCUCCAUCACGCCCCUCGAAUGCUCCGUCGUCUGCCCCUCCUCCUGGGCCCGCGCCGUCUUUGAGCCCGCCAUCGCGCGCCUACCAGAAGACCAAGCAAAAACGAUUUCGGUUUCCAAGGAUGCCUACGCCGUGUUUUCCGUCAUCAGCGCCGGCAUGGACGCCGGCUCGCGCGUCGUCGACUUGACUUGCCCGCUUGCCUUGGCGGGGAUCCCGAUUUUCUUCAUCACGACGUAUUACUCGGACUUCAUCCUGGUGCCGACCAAAGACAGGAGAGCGGUGGUGGAGACGUUGAGGGCCAAGGGCGGAUUUGUAUUUGUCGAGGAGGAGGGUGGAGAUGAAAACGGGUUCGAUGGGUAUGGAUCGAGGAGGGGGUCGGUGACUAUGGCGUCCGGGAUGGGUUAUCAUUAUGCCAGCGCAUCAAGUGGAAAUGGCGGGCUUAGUGGGAUGUUGACCCCGAUGAUGCCGACUACGCCGCCCCCUUCAGAUGCAGGGGAACUGCAGCUCAAGACGUUUGAGACGCUCAAGAGGCGGAACGUGGUGCCGUUUGUGGAACCCGGGUUGAGGCUGGUGCAUUGCUCGGGGAGGGAGAAGACAAGCAUCCACGGCGGCGGGGGCGGCGAGGGCGGACGUGGCCAUGGACAUAGUGGAGGGAAUGUUUCCAUGACCGGCGGCAACGGGACGGCCUACAGCGGUGAGAUUGAUGGGGACGGAAGCGCAAAUGGCGGCGCCGGUUACUACCCGCGCAGAAGGAGGAACAGCUGGAUUGACACAGUCGACACCAAGCUGUACACAAGCAUCAUCUCGGCGCUGGUGUCGCAGCCGCGGUUCCUCUCGGUGACCCUGGCGCAAGAUGACCCCCCUUCGCUGCUGCUGGACAAGGCGCUGGUGGACAUGUUUGGCGACUCGCUGGUGGGACCGACAGAGGGCACGCUGGUACCCAUCUUUCUCGACCUGGUCAACUUGCCGUUCGAGGCAACGGGCAUCGUUUCGGGGGUUGCCGGGAGGUUGGUCAAGGACAUGCCCAUGGCGGAGAGCGUGGAGCUGUCGUACUUGUCGACGGCGAGGGCCGGCGCUGUGAUCUUGUCCUGUGAGCAAGCCGUGACGGCUCUGGGCAUCUUGGAGCCGUUGCUGAAAAAGCAGGGGUGA